CUGGCGUCUAUGGAGGGUCACGUGGUUGUCACUGACUCCUGAGAUGCCGGCAGGAUGGAGAGUGAGUUAUUCCGAGAUUUGCUGGGAGUUGUAGUCGUUCAGCUUCUUUCUUAGAGGUAAAACCUCUGUUACCCCUAAAAAGUCGGCACUGACGGGCAGCGCAAGGAAGAUAAAGGACAAUGCAGCAGAUUGGCACAACCUGAUGCUGAGAUGGGAGAGCUGCAAUGACACUGCAUUCAGUGCGGCCAGCAAGAUCGUCAAUCUUAAAAUAAGCGCCUUAUCAUAUGAGAAGAUGUUAUCAGAUGGCGCAGAGCCUGCUCAUGAGAAUCCAGGCAAGGACAAAGAAGAACUGGAAAGACUAUGCUCGGAGUUACUGGAAGUGCUGGAGAAAAUGCAACAACUGCAGCAGAAAAUGGAGAAGCUAACGUCUACAUUUAAAGGGGUGUGGGAUCUGGAAGCUUAUCAGUGCAGUGGCGGGACUCCAAAGCCGAUACUUUUCCAUACGUGGCCUACGAUGCUAUUUUACGAGACCUCCUUAAAGAUGUCAGAAAUGUACAAAAAAGAAAUUUGCCUCAAGAAGACCAUUGUCGGAGAGAUAGCGCACACCGCAGAGCAGGACUUGUUAAUGGUCUAUCUGUCCUGCUGGUUGUAUCAGCCCUACGUUGAGAGCAGCAUAAAAGUCUUAUUAGAGAGCAUGCUGCUGGAGACUGGGCACCGGCCCCUGUGAGGGCAUGUUCACACCUGGUUCUGCAUCACAAGACGUAUGUAUACUCCCGGUUAUAAUGCAAGUUUGGAAAUAGUCUUGAUAUAUAUUAUAGUUAUACCGUUUUCCGUAAACAGCUCCUGUGCAAACCUAUGUGUCUCUGUGGUUCCUGGUGCUAAUGAAUUUAUAAAGAGUGGGCACAGGGAAGGGAUCAGCAAACUCCAGCUGUUUUGAAACUCCAACUCCCAUCAUGCGCCAUUCAGUUCUACUUAAAGGGCUUCUGUCACCCCACUAAAGUAGUAUUAUAUUUUUUUUUGGGCUAGUUAAAUCUGUUAUACUGCGAUAUAUGAAAAUAUAAUAGUGUUACUUGCUG